AUGGCAGCAAUAAAAUCAGUAUUUUCAAGCCCCAAAUGGCUAGUGGUGAUGCUCAUGGCAUUGGUUCUGCAGAACCAAAUGGCUCAAUCUCAGACACAAACUUGUUCAAAUUCACUUGCAAAUCUGAAUGUGUGUGCACAAUUUGUGGUGCCUGGUGCAACCAACACCAGCCCUAGCCCCGAUUGCUGCACUGCAUUACAAGGCCUGGAAAAUGACUGCAUUUGCAAUACUCUCCGAAUUGCAGCCCGUCUUCCAGCACUGUGCAACCUCCCUUCUCUCUCUUGUGGUGGUUCGUUAUCUCUCCCCCUUGCUCUUAUUAUAUUGUCGUAUUCGACAAUAUAA